CCAAACUGGCCUUGAAAAAUGUGAGUAAGGCUGAUGGGCACUGACGGGGGAGGAAGGUGCUGGACCUAGGAGCUUCUUCCUGAGGACCAGAGGGGACCUUCAAUAGCUGGUGCUGCCUCCCCUUUCUUCACUCUGGACUAUAGCAGGAAGCAGUGAGGAGACAGGACCCUGUCUGCUCAGGAAGAGGAUCUCCCAUGUGGCUCUUCUCCCUCCUGGUGUCAACCCUGUUCUGUGGAGUGGAAGGCUCCAUCUCCAUUCCUCAGAAGCUCUUUGGGGAGGUGACUUCUCCUUUGUAUCCCAAGCCUUACCCCAACAACUUUGAGACAACCACAGUGAUCACAGUCCCCAAGGGACACAGAGUGAAGCUUGUCUUCUGGCAGUUUGACCUGGAGCCUUCUGAAGGCUGUUUCUAUGACUAUGUCAAGAUUUCUGCUGACAAGAAAAACCUGGGGAGGUUCUGUGGGCAGCUGGGGUCUCCACUGGGCAACCCUCCAGGAAAGAAGGAAUUCAUGUCCCAGGGGAACCAGAUGCUGCUGACCUUCCACACGGACUUCUCCAAUGAGGAGAAUGGGACCAUCAUGUUCUAUAAGGGCUUCCUGGCCUACUAUCAAGCUGUGGACCUCGAUGAAUGUGCUUCCCAGCACAAUUCCAUAGAGGAGGGUCCCCAGCCCCAGUGCCAACACCUGUGUCACAACUAUGUCGGCGGCUACUUCUGUUCCUGCCGUCCAGGCUAUGAGCUUCAGAAAGAUGGACAUUCCUGCCAGGCUGAAUGCAGCAGUGGGCUGUACACAGAGCCCUCAGGCUACGUUGCCAGCCUGGAGUACCCCCAGCCCUAUCCUCCAGAUCUGCGCUGCAACUACAGCAUCCGGGUAGAGCGUGGCCUCACCCUGCACCUCAAGUUCCUGGAGCCUUUUGAAAUUGAUGACCACCAGCAAGUACAAUGCCCUUAUGACCAGCUCCAGAUCUAUGCCAAUGGGAGGAACUUGGGCAAGUUCUGUGGGAAGCAAAGGCCUCCUGACUUUGACACCAGCAGCAAUGCUGUAGAUCUACUGUUCUUCACAGAUGAGUCAGGGGACAGCCGAGGCUGGAAGCUGCACUAUACCACUGAAAUCAUCAAAUGCCCCCAGCCCAAGGCCCUAGACGAGUUCACCAUCAUCCAAGAACUGCAGCCUCAAUACCAGUUCCGUGACUACUUCAUUGCCACCUGCAAACAAGGCUACCAGCUGGUGGAGGGGACCAAGGUGCUUCGAUCCUUCACGGCUGUCUGCCAGGAUGAUGGCACAUGGCAUCGUGCCAUGCCUAGAUGCAAGAUCAAGGACUGUGGGCAGCCACAAAGCCUGUCGAACGGAGACUUCCGUUACAUCACCACGGAGGGGGUGAACACUUACGAGGCCCGUAUCCAGUACUACUGCAAUGAGCCAUAUUACAAGAUGAAGAUCAGAACUGGCAGCAGUGAGUCUGCACGAGGGACUUACACCUGCACAGCCCAGGGCAUCUGGAAGAAUGAAGAGGAGGGAGAGAAAGUUCCUCGGUGUUUGCCAGUGUGUGGGAAGCCCGUCCACCCCGUGGAACAGAAGCAGCGCAUCAUCGGAGGACGGCAGGCCAAGCCCGGCAACUUCCCCUGGCAGGCCUACACCCACAUCUAUGGACGGGGCGGUGGGGCCCUCCUGGGCGACCGCUGGAUCCUCACGGCCGCCCACACCCUGUACCCCAAGGAACACAACACGCAAAAUAUACACCAGAAUGUCACCGUGGAUGUGUUCCUGGGCCACACAAACGUGGACGAGAUCAAGAAACUGGGAAAUCACCCUGUCCGCAGGGUGAGCAUCCACCCAGACUACCGCCAGGACCAGUCCCACAAUUUUGAGGGGGACAUCGCCCUGCUGGAGCUGGAAAAUAGUGUCACCCUAGGCCCUAACCUCCUCCCCAUCUGCCUCCCGGACAAUGAGACCUUCUAUGACCGCGGCCUCAUGGGCUAUGUCAGUGGCUUCGGGAUCACCCACGAGAGGAUUGCCUUUGACCUCAGGUUUGUCCGGCUGCCUGUAGCUGAGCGCAGGGCCUGUGAGAGCUGGCUCCGGGGGAAAAAGAGCAACGACGUGUUUUCGAAAAACAUGUUUUGUGCUGGGGACCCAAGUCUAAAGCAGGAUGCCUGCCAGGGGGACAGCGGAGGUGUCUUCGCAGUGAGGGACCCCAACUCCGAUCGCUGGGUGGCCACGGGAAUCGUGUCCUGGGGCAUUGGGUGUGGGAAGGGGUACGGCUUCUACACCAAAUUACUCAAUUAUGUGGACUGGAUCAAGAAGGAGAUGGAGGAGGGCUAAGCCCCAGGAUUCACUAGGUCAGAAUCCAGCGAGCAGUGUG